UAGCCUCUCCUCCCUCGCUUUUGCUUUUCUUCCCGAACCUAUUCGACGGGCGAUUGGGCAACCGGGCAAUCACAAUGGUGGAUCAAAUCUUUCCAGAUCCGCCUCCCAAGAUGACCAGCCGCCAGCCGCCGUACCCGUCGCCGGAACCCAGCCGCCAGCUGCCGUAGCAGUCGGCGGAGCCCUAGCCGCCAUCGAGCCGUUCGCGCGGCUUGUGAAAUGUGCGGCGCAGUUGCUUUACGGUAACGUGGGGUUCAAGGCUGGAGAGGUCAGAAUUGAUUGUGACGAAAACCGCGGCGUGGUGGUCAUGGUGCUCGACGCACUCACAAGAUACCAGUGGGUACCAGACACUCACCUUGCAAAAUCAUUAAAGGUGCAGAAGAAAAAGUUAUGUCUGAUCCUUGAAUUUCUUGAAAAACAAAUGUUCGUAAGAAGAUGUGAGGUGAAGGCCAAAACUGGACGAAAUGUCAGUAAUACUGCUACGACAGCUGGUGUUUCUGCUAUUCCCAGGAACGAGAAAGUGAAGUCAAAACAUCCUAAGUGGUAUUGCUGUAUAAACUAUGCCAAGAUAUGCUCUGUCGUAAGGUAUCACAUAAUGCAAAUGGAGGCUAACUUGAAGUCUCAACUAGAGAAUACAAAUACAGUCGAUAAGUACACAUGCCCCAAUUGUGGAAAAAGCUUUUCAGCAUUUGAUGUCAAGGAUUUAGUGAGUUGCACCGAUGGAAAUUUUUACUGUGAAAGUUGCAAGCAUGAACUAGUUGCAUGCAGCGAAUACGGAAAUUAUAAUGAGAGAGAGGGAAGAAGUGCAAACUUGUUGGACUUUCUUGAAAAUAUGAAGGAGAAACUAAGGCCACUCAAGACAAAACUUGAUCUGCUAGAGGACCUACCUGCUCCAGACUUUGGGAGUACCCCAGACUUCAAAGGAACUUAUAACAUUUCAGAUUGGUCGAGGACCAGUGUUCCACUUCCAGAACCUACAAACGGUGAUGAUUCUUUUUCAAGCCCUUGUGCAAAAGACGAUGAAUCUGAUGCAGGUGUUUCAGAGUUAAAGAUCUUGCCUUCAUGGCUGAUAAGAAAAGGUAUGAAACUUAAGCAAGCACACCUCAGUAACAGUUCUACUGUGUGUGGAGAGGGAGGUACAAAUAUACAGGAAGAAUACAUGAAGGCAUAUUAUGAGGCCAUACAGAAGAGGCAGGAAGACAGAAUAAGACACUCUGGUCAGUCAUCUGUCCCUGGAGGACCUUCUGUGAGUUCUGAGAGGCCAAUGGGCGUAAAGCGGCAGAAACUUUGUAACGACAUCAAUAACAAUGCACUAGAGUGCCAAGGGGAAGAACCGCCAGGGGAUACAUUCAGGACAUAAAUUGGAUAUCGAAUGCUGGGAACCUAAGAAUCAGGUGAAUAUGAAGAUGGGAAGAUGGCAUUGAGUAAAGAGGAUUUCAGGUCUACGAGUCAGUGGCGGUGUCCUUUUCUACAAACAACAAUACGAUGCAUAUGCCACAAAAACAGUAGCGUAGAUAGUGCAUCAACUGCCUUCUUACCUCUGGUUACCUAAAACCGAAGUGUGGUACUACGUAACUGUUUUUUUAGCCUUGAUUACCUAAUUGCUACAAACUGCAUUCUACUCACCCUUGCCAGAAUUCAGAAGCUCAACGGUUGGCAGCAAGCAGCUUCAUUCGCUAA